UAGGCAAGACUUAUUAAGUCUAGUUGUGCUCUUAAUUACACCACCAGCUUAGUCUAACAAUAGGAAAUCUAUAAAAUUUAGGACAUUCUAUUUUUAUCUACAAUACACUGGAAUUAAACAUAUAAUGUUUAGUCCUGAAAAUAUUUUCAUGUUGAGACAUGCAACACAUGUCUUUUUUCAAUAUAAACACAAAUGAUGCUUCUCUAGUACUAACAUUAGUUAUAGGACAUUUGGUUGGGAUGUUUAUCAUUAUUCUUGUUCCCAACAACAUUUUUGAAUAAUACAUCUUGCCGAUUUCAUACAUUCACACAUAUAGUUAUUUUUUUUUGGUAUACAAAAAAAUGACUGAAGACAAGGGAGUAGAAUGGAGAAUCAAGGUAGAAGAUGGUCCAUGGAAGACAGCUGUAACUUGUUGUAGCAUAUGGGAAUUUAUAGCAAAUCGUUAUUCCAAGUUGUGCAAAUUUAUUAAGAAAAUUUGGAUGAUAGGUGUGAAUGAUCCAAGAAAAUUUAUCCAUUGCUUGAAGGUAGGGAUGGCACUUACAAUUGUUACCCUUUUCUAUUACUUGAAGCCUUUGUAUAAUGGAGUUGGAGGAAAUGCCAUCUGGGCAGUUAUGACCGUUGUUGUAGCAUUGGAGUACACCGCCGGUGCGACGAUAUAUAAAAGUAUAAAUAGAAUAUGUGGAACUAUCGUAGCUGGGCUUCUAGCUUUUAGUGUACAUUGGGUUGCUAAUAAAGCUGGAGAGCAAUUCGAGAUUGUAAUUGUUGGAGCUGCACUCUUUAUACUAGCUUCUGCGGCGACAUUCUCAAGAUUCAUUCCAACUGUAAAGGCUCGUUUUGAUUAUGGUGCUAUGAUAUUUAUCCUCACUUUUAGUUUGGUUGCGGUAUCCGGUUAUCGUAUUGAUGAAGUGUUUCCUUUGGCAAUACAAAGAAUUUCCACUGUUAUAAUUGGGACUUCAUUGUGCAUCAUUAUUAGCAUCACUAUUUGCCCUGUUUGGGCUGGUCUCGAACUAUAUGUUUUGGUCAUAGGAAACCUCGACAAACUCGCCAAUUCUUUGCAAGGUUGUGUGGAUCAAUACUUUGAAGCCCAAACAGCAAAUGAGGAGUCUAACAAAAAAUUGAUGGGUUACAAAUGUGUGCUAAACUCCAAAGCAUCAGAAGAUUCAAUGGCUAAUUUAGCAAGAUGGGAACCUGCUCAUGGGAACUUCCAUUUCCGUCACCCAUGGAAACAAUAUCUUAAAAUUGGGGCCACAAUGCGUAGAUGUGCUGCUUGCAUUGAUGCUCUUGUUGGAUGCAUACAUUCAGAAAAUAAGUCAGAUGAUAUGAAGAAGCUUAUGAGUACAAUCUCUAUUAAAGUGGGGGCCAAAUCUGCUAGUGUCUUAAGUGAGUUAGCAAUUACAAUAAAGAAUAUGACAAAAUCAAAUAAACUUGAGAUUCUGGUCACAGAGAUGAAUAAUGCUGCAGAAGAGCUACACAAUAUAUUAAAAUCUUAUCCAAACAUAAACAAUAAAAAUGAAGCAUCCCCUGAGGCUGCAAAAAUUGAAAUCCCAAUGAUGGAAAUAAUUCAAGUGGGAACAGUAGUUUCUUUGAUUAUUGAAAUUGUAGCACGUGUGGAAGACAUUGUGAAAGGUGUUGAAGAAUUAUCAGAUUUAGCUAAAUUCAAAUCAACAAAGGGUAUGUCUCACAAAUCCAAACAAAAUUCAACUGACAUCAAGAUAUCCUUUAACGACCAACAAAAAGAUGAGGAAGCAACAAUCAAAAUACUUCAGAUGACCCAUAAUAAUCAACGAACGUAAUUUAUUUAAUAUAUUUGUGUAUAUAGAAUAUUAAUUUGAUCCAUGAUAUAUUACAUGUUACAUGUAUAAGAGAUCGAUUAUAUUAUAUACACAAGCCAAUUAUGUAUGUGUCUGUGUGUAAUCGUACUUACUAAUAAAUUUUAUAUUAUUCUUGAGAUAUACUUUCGUGCAGCUUCGAAGCACUCCUAAUGAUUGUUAAAACUUCAAAAAUGACAACCACAAAUCUUCAA